AUGUUUGGUAUUCCGAGGUUCUUUGGCUUCCGGGGCCGGUCGUUAAACUUGGCCAUCAGUUCCCUGGGUAGUCUUGAUUUCUUGCUUUUCGGUUAUGAUCAAGGUAUCACAGGUGGUCUACUAGACCUGCCGUCCUUCAUCAAGUACUUCCCCGAUAUCGACAAUCUUGAUCAAACGGUUUCAGAUGCCGUACGAUCUCAGCGUGCUACGAACCAAGGUAUUGCGGUUGCGUCCUAUAAUUUAGGAUGCUUCGUCGGUUCCAUCUUAUGUAUCUUCAUCGGUAAUCCACUCGGCCGACGCAAGACUAUUCUGUGCGGCUGCAUGACAAUGGCUACUGGAGCAUUGCUGCAAUCGACUUCCUUCCAAUUGCCUCAAUUUAUCAUUGCUCGCAUUGUCACAGGCAUUGGCAAUGGUCUGAACACGAGUACCGUUCCAACAUGGCAGUCAGAAUCAUCAAAGGCACACGAUCGUGGCAAGAUGGUCAUGAUUGAAGGUUCGCUUAUUACGGGAGGCAUUUGCCUUAGCUACUGGAUUAAUUACGGCUUUUCCUUUAUCGGUGAAAAGGAGGUAGCAUGGCGUUUCCCGCUAGCAUUCCAAAUCCUCUUCGCCAUCGUAAUUUUCUUCUCCAUCCUUCAUUUGCCUGAGUCACCUCGCUGGCUUGUGAUGCAAGGUCGAGAAGACGAAGCUUUGGAAAUCCUCGAAGCCUUGAAUGAGAAGCCCCGAGAUGACCCCUACAUCGUGAAUGAGCUCAUCGCCAUUCAAGAAACGGUUAAAGAAAUGAACAAGGGUUCGUUCAGAAGUCUAUUCAAGAUGAGCGAGUAUCGUGAAUUCCAUCGUGUGGUUCUUGCCUACGUCAACCAGAUGUUCCAGCAAAUCUCUGGAAUCAAUCUUAUUACAUACUAUGCACCCUCGCUGUAUAAGCAAAUCGGACUUGGAGAAGGUAAUCUUCCCAAGCUAUUGGCUGCCUGUAAUGGCACAGAAUACUUCAUGGCCUCCUUUAUUCCCAUCUUUAUUAUCGAGAAGGUCGGACGUCGGCCACUGAUGCUUUUCGGCGCUGCUGGCAUGUCGAUUUCCAUGGCAAUUCUCGCCGGCACCAACUAUCGCCUGACUCAUUAUAACGAGAGUGGUGCCGGUGUCGGCCAAGCAGUGUUCCUUUUCGUCUUCAACACAUUCUUUGCCAUCGGUUGGCUUGGUAUGACAUGGCUAUAUCCAGCAGAGAUCGUGCCACUGCGUAUUCGUGCUCCGACAAAUGCACUAGCCACUAGUGCCAACUGGAUCUUCAACUUCAUGGUCGUGAUGGUCACCCCAGUCGCAUUCGACACCAUCAAAUAUAAAACCUAUAUCAUUUUCGCCGUGAUCAACUUCUUCAUGUUCCCGGCUGUAUACUUCUUCUUCCCCGAAACCCGCUACCGAUCCCUAGAGGAAAUGGACGCCAUCUUCAAGAAGUCUUCCAACAUCUUCGACGUUGUGCAAAUAUCUAUCAAGGAGCCCUACCGCUAUGAUAAGCACGGUCAGCUUAAACCUGAGUAUCUCGAGGAAGCUAUUCGUCGGGAGAGCGUUCGUCGCGAAAGUGUCGUUCAUGAGGACUCGGGUGAGAAGUUUGAUAGUGAUGAGAGUGCUACUGAUAAGCCUGCGGCGAUUGGAUAUGAAGGGAAAUAG